AUGUCACACGCAAAACAGUUAUCAAGCAAGAAAGUCGUCGAUAUCGAAGAACAUGAAAAGGUCUAUGAAGGUAAUGUAAACGAUUAUGAUGCAACUUACGCACUUCCUAAAAAGAUUUUAAAAACGGUUGGAUUUCGCAUUCUUAUUAAUGAUACAAAUAUAGCGAGCAUCUGCUGGAACUUGUAUUUCUGGUUCAAUCUUAUCAACGUUCUCUUAGCGACGAUUUUGGAAAGUAUCAAUAUGUUCUUGAUGGCUUCAGUAGGGACUUUUCUUGAUCUUUUCACUAUGAUGCCUUGUGUCGGCUACCUGCUUGUAGCCACCGCCAAAGCUUACAAGAUAAAACGUUAUCGGUCUGUAUACGAAAACCUGGUGUACGAGCUAAGAGAUAUGUGGCCAAGUGGCCGCAUCACUGAAGAAGAGCAUAAGAUUAUAAACGAAGCUCUCAUUCGCCUACGCUUUGUAGUGAAAGCAUACUUCAGCUGCAACAUGACACUCGGCUCUAUCUUCACUGUACCACCUUUCAUUUCGUAUAUUAGAAACAAAGCAGGUUUUGGCGAUGAAAUAAUGUUGCCUUUCUUCUACUGGUUACCUUACGAUCCGUGCAUAGGAAAUCGUUUUGAAAUAACAAUGUUUCUUCAAACUUGUCAUUGCUUUCUCGCAGCUGGCUUUAUGUUAUCAGGAGAUCUGUUAUUCUGUACCUUUCUAAGCCAUAUAACUACACAGUUUGCUUUGCUCGCUGUACGAAUUAAUAAAUUAAUAUAUGUCCCUAUUGAUGAUCAACUCAUCGAAUCUUAUCCCUUAGGAAUGUACAGUAAACUACAUUUAACAUAUGGACAAAUGAAUGAUGAAGAAAAAGGAAAGAAACUUAAUGCAGAACUUAUAUCUAUAAUUUUAAGACAUCGUGCUUUAAUAAGAUUAUCAAGCGAUGUGGAGAACAUGUAUUCGUUUUCUCUUCUCGUAAACUUCUUAAAUAGUUCGAUUAUCAUCUGUUUCUGCUUAUUCUGCUGCGCACGGCAGAAUUUACAUUUAAACAAUAUGUCGAAUAAAAGAAACAAAGAAAUAGAAAAACAAGAAAGCGAAAGUGAAGAAGAUCAAGAUUCGGGGAGUGAAAAAGACUCGGACUUUGAUUCUGAUGGAAAUUUCGUUGGGGACAAGGAACUACAAGCAGACUUUGAAGGCAGAAAUCCUGAAGAUUGUGAUUUUCAUGGAAUUAAACAACUUUUACGACAACUGUUUCUAAAAUCAAAUGUUGAUUUAGGAGGGCUAGCACAAAUAAUAAUUUCACAAAAUUAUGUUGGUAGUGUUGUAAAGCAGUGUUUGGAUGAUGGACAAGAUGAAGAUGAUGAUGAAGAUGAUGGCAGUGAUGGGGUGUUUGGUAUCACAACUGUAUUAAACAUUACCAAAAGAAAAGAAGAAAAUUGUAUAAAGCAAAUCAGAACUUUGCUAACCACACUGGCCAAUGAUAAUGCAGAUGAUAGAACGAAGGGGCUUGUUAGUAAAAUAUUGUCAGAUGAGGCCAAUCAUGUAGGGCUAGUUAUUAAUGAAAGAAUACUCAACAUUCCGGCAGCGAUCAGUGUACCUCUGUUCUCAUCACUACAAAGUGAAUUAGACAAAGCUUUAAAGAAAAAUAUGCCUUACAACUUCCAAUACCUAAUAUGGAUCUGCAAAACAUACAAAACUGGAGAUGAUGAAUCAGACAUACUCUUUGCAAAUCAAGAAGAGAAACCAUUAGCAGAAGAGUCACUGGCUAGCUUUGAUGUUGAUGUGACAGAACAGGCAGAUUUAUCUCAAUGGGACUAUGAUGGUGGUGCUAUGACUCCAUGUAGAAAGAUACUAAUAUUUGAAGGCAAAAAAUUCAAUCAUCUAAUAAGACUUCUCAAGGAAGAAGUGGAAAGUGUU